AUGAAUACAGGUGAAAUACAUUUAAGUUUACACAGCCUUAGGAAACUUUACGAUAAGCUAUAUAAUAGCGAGAUUACAGUCUCUGAAUUAAUUUCCUCUACCGAGCUGCUUAAGUUGUCUUCUGAAUUGCAAGAAAAAAAGAACUCUUUAAAGGUCCAAAGUAGAACAGCCAAACUGUGGAUCAUGUAUUUAGAUAUGGUUGACAUUUCCAAGGCAUUUAUUUGGGCUGAACGAACAGGAAGCUUAAAAAUGCAUUUGCAAGCUAUAGAGCACAUGCUGCCUUUCUUUGCGGCUGCAGGGCACAACAACUAUGAAAAAUGUGCUAGGGUAUAUCUACAGCAAAUAAGACGAGUGAAAAAAAAUCAUAAAGAUGUUUAUAGUGUGUUAAGUACUAGUCAUUUCACUCUUCGUAGACACACUAGAUUGUGGGCUGGAAUAUGGACAGAUAUGUUUAUUGAACAAGCGUUGAUGCGAUCAACAAAAAGCCGAGUGCUUAUUGUCAGCUCAGCACUGACCUUGGCAGAAGAAAAACACGUAACAGUUGUUGUUGACGACACCGAUAUUCUGGUACUUUUAAUUUACCAUAACACACCAAAUACUUGGAUGCACUCAUCUAUAUUCGGUGAUGAAAAACGUGAUAUUAAAUCGCUGCAACAUGUGCUUGGUGAAAAGGGGUGCAAAAUCAUUCUCUUUUCCCAUGCUUUAACCGGAUGCAAUACCACAAGCUCCUUAUUUGGGGAAAGUAAAUCGGCAGCAUUGUUUGGAUCAGAAAAUGCAAACAGAAAGGAACUCACAGACAUUGGCACCAAAGCAUUGGUAUCGUUGUACAGUGGAAAUCCAAAGAGUACGAUAUAA